AUGUCCUACUCCUUGUACGCUGCGCGGUCAGCGCGUCGAGCCACUCCCAAUGCAAUUGGCCGACGUUUCGUUUCGGAUAUCUCAAUUACGAGAACCGGGAAGCCUAUCCUUCGGGUUGAGGGUGGACGAUCGUCCCUUGGAGGUCACACGGCAACCGUUUUUGGCGCAACUGGCCAAUUGGGUCGAUAUAUUGUCAACCGCUUAGCACGCCAGGGAUGCACAGUUGUUGUACCUUUUCGCGAAGAAAUGACCAAACGACACUUGAAAGUAACUGGUGACCUCGGUCGAAUCGUCUUUGUCGAAUAUGACCUUCGCAAUACACCAUCCAUAGAAGCAAGCAUCCGCCAUUCCGAUGUCGUCUACAACUUGAUCGGACGAGACUAUCCCACGAAGAACUUUUCGCUUGAAGAUGUCCACGUAGAGGGAACUGAGCGUAUUGUUGAAGCGGCCGCGAAGUACGAUGUUGACAGAUACAUCCACGUUUCUUCUCAUAGCGCUAUGUUACAAUCAACCUCGGAGUUUUAUUCUACAAAGGCUCGAGGUGAGCAUGUGGCUAGGAGUAUUUUCCCGGAAGCCACACUUGUUAGGCCGGCACCCAUGUUCGGCUUCGAAGACAACCUGCUCCUUAAGCUUGCGUCUGUUCUCAACCUGUUCACCGCCAAUAAUAUGCAGGAAAAAUUCAGACCGGUUCAUUCGAUUGAUGUCGGGGCUGCGUUGGAGAAAAUGCUCUAUGAUGAUUCUACUGUUGGGCAGACAUUCGAAUUGUACGGGCCCAAAGAGUAUAGCAUGGGGCAAAUUGCCACCAUGGUGGAUAAAGAGAUAUUCAAGCAGAGGCGGCAUAUAAACGUUCCUAAGGCGGUACUGAAGCCGAUUGCUGGAUUGCUGAAUAAAGCGCUGUGGUGGCACACGAUGUCGGCCGAUGAAGUUGAGCGCGAGUUCAUGGACCAGGUCAUUGACCCCACAGCCAAAACAUUCAAAGAUCUUGGUAUUGAACCGGGAGACAUCGCAAACUUCACGUACCACUACCUACAAGGAUUUAGAAGCCAGAACUACUACGAUCUCCCCCCUGCAACAGAAAAGGAGAAGAGGGAAGACAAGAAGUAUAUCCAUGUACUUGAUGAAUUGUAA